AUGGCCCAGGAUAUCGUCAAAUGGCUGCCACGUCGUCUUCUAGAGAAGUUGGCACUGCGAGCGACCAAACUAAAUAAGACUCUUGUUGGCCGUGGGACUGAUAUCAGCAAGUGGAAGCUUCUCGAUAAUACACCAUCACUCAUGUCGGCCACCACCUUCAUCAUCAAAGAAGAAGCGGCCGAGCAUGCCCUCUACGGCACGCGGGCAGCGAGGGAUCAACGACCAAUGGCCCAUGAGGUCUGGUUUCUGACAGUCUCGGAGUUGGAGACAGCAAAUGGGCAUUGUAACCAUGAUAGUUAA